AUGGCGACCAACUCAGAUGAAGAUCUCCCUAACAUUGUUCUGCUAUUUUCAGAUAUUGUGGGCCCAGACGAGAUCCCUGAGCUGUCUGAGAACGCAAGAUAUGAGUUUAGCCCUUCCAAGGGUAACGAAAAUACCCUAGCGAACUGGAGCAGAAACCAACCCGAAGAGCCUACUCCGCCCUUUCUUGCACUGGUGUUUGGAAAGCACAUGUACUCUCCGCAGGGUUGGGUGUUUGGUUCGUCGGAUGACACAGACGUGUGCGACGUUCAGCUCGCGAAAGAUAACACAACAGGUAUUAGCAGGCAGCACUUUCGGAUCGAUAUUAGCCCAAGUUCAAACUGCCCAAGACUCACAAACUUGUCCAAUAAGCUCAUUAAGCUAUAUGUCGAUGGCAUGGAGCUACCUCGGGCCAAGGGACAAUCCGAGGAUAUCCCUUCAUCUGUCACCAUCCAUGUAGGAGAGGUUACAAUGAAGGCAUGGCGGCCAACAUUGUCACAUCAAGAAGAGAUCUGCUAUCGCCGGAACGCAGAGAGGUUUAGUGCGGAAAUCCUCGACUCCCUUCCGAGGGCCAUUGGCCCCAACGCUACACAGACCUCAACAGUCAUCGUCAGGUUCGGAAGCAACAAUACCGUGUACAGGCGAGAAGACGAAGCAGCUGUGGGCACCGGCAGCUUCGCAUCGGUCAUGAAGGUGAAGGAAUUAGGUUCCAAAAAGAUCUUCGCAGCGAAGGUGCCGCACCAUAAACUCAGCGAUCCUGCAAGCACAGCCCGAAAACGAUGGGAGUCUUUGACUGCAGAAUUUCAGAAUAUUGUCGAGCUACAGCAUCCAUACAUUGUACAGGCCAUUGAGGUUUUGACCGGGGAAAAGGCAUCGGAUCCUCCUUGGCUGAUUAUGGAGUGGAUUGAGGAUGACCUUAGCUCAAUCGAACUCGAUAAUCGCGACUCGCACACCGUCUUAACUCACGUCAGUAAGGGACUGGCCUAUAUCCACGCCAAAGGCUUCACUCAUCGGGAUCUGAAACCAGAAAAUGUUCUCGUUCAACUAAAAAAUCAUAGACUGCUGGCCGCCAAGAUCGCCGACUUUGGGACGACAAAGUAUGACCCUUCUGGACAGAUGCAGACCUAUACCGGGACAAGUGUCUACAUGGCGCCUGAAUUCUGGGAGUCGAGGCUGGCUUACUCCAACGCAGUCGACAUGUGGUCCUUGGGAGUUAUGGCAGUCGAAUUACUUACCUCUAUGGAAACGAGAUUACAUGGAUGGUGUGGAGUGUUUCCACCGACCCGGGAUCAGCACCAUAACUGGAUCCAGGAAGUCCUCUGGCCUCGUGCAGCAGACGCGCCACACGAGGCCAAAGAGUUGCUCCUGGGGUUACUAUGCAAGACUGCCGCGGAUCGAUGGUCCGCCGCGGUCUGUGACAAGUGGUUACAGGAGCAUGAUAUUCAAGCGACGGGCGGCAGUAAGAAAAGGCCUUUGUCGCUGUCAAGCCAGAAUGCCGCCGAGCUGGAACGGGGGCUUCAACGGAGCGAUGACACCCUUCGCCUGACAACCUUUCGUGCCGGCACUAUUCAACAUCCCUGCCGAGCCCCAAAUCCCACUGGUGAAAUGGCCUCAGUCGAAGACCAGGUGUCUUCGCCCUCGGGAACAACUGCUUCUGCUGGACUAGUAUGA